UCUAUGGGGCCGUGCCUCCAAUGUAAAGAUAAGCGCGACAGCGUGCGAUCGUUCCGUCCGAGUUAGGCAAUACUGUAAGGCAAACACCAACCGCAGGGGAACAGUACAGCUGCUAGUUACACAUAGUUUCUCACGGACCCGUGCAAACUGCUUUACUUAUAUUCUACAUGAGGACUUUAUCUGAUUUUCACGUUUCCGACUGCUAGCGCCUUCAGUUUGAGCAGUCAACAGAAAGAAAGCCGGGACGACUUUUUCUCUCCAUCUGGCGCGGAACAUGGGACGUUUCUCUGCCUGGCUGGUCCUUCUGAUCGUGGCGUGCUCCUCCUACGGACUUGCGGAGGAGGGAGAGGACCAAACCGGCCACUACACCAACACCUGGGCGGUGGAAAUCCACGGAGGGCCCGACGUAGCCGAUCUGUUGGCCCUGGACCAUGACUUCGUCAACUUGGGACAGAUAGGGAACCUGGAGGACCACUACCUCUUCCGUCACAAAGACGUGCCUCACCGGUCCCGCAGAGAAGCACACCAUCACACCAAGAGGCUCGGAGACGAUAAAAGGAUACAAUGGGUGGCACAACAGGUGGGACGGGAUCGGAGUAAAAGAGGACCCAUCCCCCAACAACCCCGGCAAUCAGACAACCCCGCACCCCUGACCUUCAUCGACCCUUACUGGGACAAACAGUGGUAUCUGCACGACACCAGAACUUCGACGAACCUGCCCAAACUAGAUCUGCACGUACUUCCGGUCUGGAGAAAAGGCAUCACGGGAAAAGGAGUGGUGGUGGCCGUGUUGGACGACGGGAUUGAAAAGGACCAUCCAGACCUCAAGGACAACUAUGAUCCUGACGCUAGCUAUGACUUCAAUGACAACGAUGACGACCCCCAGCCAAGAUAUGAAGAAACGAAUGAAAACAAGCACGGGACCCGCUGUGCGGGGGAGAUCGCUAUGGCGGCCAACAACUCUCAGUGCGGCGUGGGAAUAGCGUUUAAUGCAAGGAUAGGAGGAGUGCGCAUGCUGGACGGGGUGGUGACGGACGCGGUGGAGGCGAACUCCAUCGGCUUCAACAUCCAGCACGUGGACAUCUACAGCGCCUCCUGGGGACCUAACGACGACGGCAAGACCGUGGAGGGGCCAGAGAAACUCGCUAGGGCCGCUUUCGAGAAGGGGAUCAGGGAGGGACGUGGCGGUAGGGGGUCCAUCUUCGCCUGGGCGUCCGGUAACGGCGGGAGUAACGGCGACAACUGCGACUGUGACGGCUACACCAGCUCCAUCUACACGGUCUCCAUCAGCUCCGCGUCCCAGCAGGGCAGGUCCCCGUGGUACGGAGAGAAGUGCGCCUCCACCCUGGCCACGGCCUACAGCAGCGGAGAGUACAAGGACCAGAAAAUUAGCAGCACGGACCUGCACCACGCGUGUACGGACAGCCACACGGGAACAUCUGCCGCGGCACCGCUGGCUGCGGGCGUGCUGGCGCUGGCUCUGGAAGCAAACCCGGACCUGACGUGGAGAGACGUCCAGCACCUGAUCGUGUGGACAUCAGAGUACGACCCUCUGUCCAGCAACCCCGGCUGGUUCCAGAACGGCGCCGGCUUGUGGGUGAACUCCCGGUUCGGGUUCGGCCUGCUGAACGCCGAGGCCAUGGUGGACAUGGCUCUGACGUGGAAGACUGUACCCGAGAAGACCAUCUGUGAAGUCAGACUGGAGAACUUCCAGCCGAGGACCCUGGGAAAUGGUGAGGAGAUCAACAUAGAGAUGGAGACGGACGGUUGCCAAGGCGACAGUCACGUGGGCGCUCUGGAGCACGUGCAGGUCAAGACGACGAUCGACUACACCCGACGUGGAGACCUGAGGAUAGUGCUGACGUCUCCCUCAGGCACCCAGACCACCCUACUGGACACCCGUCGUCAGGACAAGUCCCAGAUGGGUUUCCAAGACUGGCCGUUCAUGUCCACUCACACCUGGGGAGAGAAUCCGCAGGGCAAGUGGACACUCACCAUCGAGGACAAGUCUGACCACGCGGAGAACAACGGCGUUGUAGAGGACGUGGUGCUGAUCCUGCACGGAACGCCGGAACAGCCGGCCUACCAGUCCGGAGGGAGGGUGUACACUGACUACAACCGCGUCCAGGACGACAGGAAUGUGGACAAAUUCGCUGCUAAACCCGCUCCAGCCUCCGCUGCCGAGACCGCCCCCGCCCCGGAGUCAGAGGACCGAGUACCGAUCUCCGAGCCCGUGGACUCUGCAGACAGCGUGAAAAUCGCUAAGACUCCAGCGAAGGAGACGGAGUUCUUGGUGAACUGGCAGGACAGGCUGGCUGGUGACGGGAGUGAGUUCAACCCCGAAAACUCGGACCCGUUCCAACCCGCAGAACCUGAGGCCGACACUUUCAUGGACGGCGGAGACCUUCGUCCCUGGGAAGCUUUCAAGUACCUACAUCGGCAAAUGAAAUCACCAACCAGGCCACGUCACCCUGCGCAAGCGUACUACAAGCCAUCGCCACUGUACAUCCGGGACCCGUCACUGGACAUCCGGGACCCGUCACUGGACAUCCGGGACCCGUGGCCAUCCCAGAAUGCCCUGGGGGAGUCAGAGGCUGACCUGGUGAACUACUACCUACAGCUCCUGGGCUACGACCCGUGAAACAUCCGCACCAGGAAUUGAAAAACGGAACCUCAGAUACCGGAGAAAACAGAAAGAAACAAGCUGGUCUUAGAGAAUAAAAAACAAAUUGUAGACAUCACGAAUGCUUACCGUCUGAUACCGUGCAUAUGAUAUGAUAUGAUAAGUGAUUUCUCCAUCAGGUUUCCUAUCUGUGUAAGGUAUAUAGUACAGGAGUUCGUAUACGAACAAACGAGCUUUAUUUUUGAUGCUUUAGAACAGGAGUUGUCGUACUCCCGAUAUCCACAGUGGGAACAGGUGACAAACAGAUUAGAAAGCAGAUGAUUCCGUUGACAAAUGACGAUGACAUCUCGUUUCUCUUCUUAUUGACGACAUAAUGUUAGAAAGUAAAUGCCUGGUCCACACAGUUGCGGCGUAAAAGAACUAAAUUGAGGGACCAUCUCUCCAUUGUCUUAAUAUUCAUCUUCUAAAGAAUCAAUAGAUACAUAGUGUGUGUGUGAGAGAAAGAGAAUGGGUGACCAGUGGGCGACAAUUUCUAACACAUCACACAGGCAAGUACUUUACCUCAAUUCUAUAUCACCAGAGCAAUUUCCUCCGUACAUGUUUCCUUGCGCAAUUUUCACCCGAAUCGAGCUAAACAGCCUGUAACGUCGAAGCAAUGGGCAAUAGCCGUGCUUGAUAUUGACUUUGUGAGGAAUAGAUGGCUCGGCUGCAGUAGACCAAUAUAUGAGUUGAAAAAAAUUAUCUUUAAGCUGGCACACUUCAUAGAAUUCAGUCUCCAAUAUUGUCCCCCGUCCCUCAUCGUUUGAUGCACUGGUCAUUUGCCUAGAGCGCUGUUGGAG